GCCACCUAAGUAAAAUGUAUUAACUACAAUAUGUCUGACAACAUCGGUUAACAGGAAUUUCGAUAAGGCAGACCAGCUGCUGACGGCCCGGCCGUGGCGCAAACAUCAACCUUCCUAUCAAAUGCUAGUAUGCUCGGCGCCCAAGAGUCUGCCUCACGCAAUCUGCACAUCAGCACAUCUGAACACCUACAUAAGGAUACAGUGCCCUUUCUCAGGCGUCAACGUCUCCAGCUUGCCAUGUCAAGCAUGGGGUCUCCUGUGUUGGACAUAGCAACGCCUGCAACUCAUACUAUGGGCCUCUUCUUGCAACCAUAUGUCGUGAAGCACGUUCAUCCUGACAUUCAGCACCAUCAGAAAAUCACCCAAAUUAUUAUCACAGGCUCGCCUCAACGGUAUGCCCAACUCAGCGAUACAUGCAUUGAUUCCUUACGGCCUACGGUAUCUUGGAUCGACUCUCACACGAUACACCUCAACUGCUUCCCGAGUAGAAGCCUAAUGUUGCAUUAUGCUAGUGUCGUGGCUACGUAUCUUAGUCUCUUCCGCAGAGAUUCUGGCAUUGUGCAUCUUCGACCACUCGAUUCAGACCACACAGUGCGGCUCAUACGCGAAUCCAACCUCCAGGCAAUUGGCAAGAUAGACCUGGCCAUUAUUGGCAACGUCAAUAACCUGACGGGGCUAGAGGGGCUAACAGACCACUGGUAUGGCUUUGAUAGGUCCGAGUUUAGCAUUUUCCGCUGGCAAAAGUUUACAUCGCGCAAGCACCAGGCAGUUGCGGUAAUUGGUUGCUUGGAACAGCUAUGGGGUGAUACGGGUGGCCAUAUUCUGCGUGCUUUGUGCACACAAUUAAAUGUCAAGUGCGUCAUAUAUAUCGCCAAAUGCGGCAGCUUAUCAGAAGAGUAUACGUCAAAUGGAUGGAUAGCUACGGGGACCAAAGCUUUCCUCAAGGGCGAGGUGAUACAGUGGUCAUGUCCAUUGGAGCCUGUGAUAGAUAUGUCAAAGGAUAUGUCAAAGAAGGUUGCUCGAGGUCCGAUCGUGACUGUACCCACCCCUCUUUGUGAGACGAGGGAUUGGUUGUCUGAGUGGGCGUCCAAGGCUACAUGGGUGGAUUGUGAAGUUGGGUUCAUUGCAAAGGCUGCUGUUGAGCUUGGGGUCCAGUUCGGAUUUCUUGUCGUGGUUUCCGAUAACCUGUGGCAUCCUGAAGGACAAAACUUGUCUAACGAGGACUCACCUACUGUUAUCAGUGCACGCAAGGUGUUGUAUGAUCAAAUGACCAAGAUUCUAAAUAGCCUUUUGCUUAGAUUAGAUGCAAGCUAGUCUUAUAGAGAAUAUUGGGAUGAUGUCGCUGCCGCACUAUGAUGACAGAUAGUUGAAGUAAACAUAUGGACACUACUUGAAG